GGGCGCAGUGCCGAGGAUUCGGGGUAGUGUAGUCCCGGCGCCCCGCUGGAGGAGCUCCCCAGCUGGUGGCUGGAGCGACCCCUUGUUCUUUGGUGGCGCUGGCACACAUGGCAUUCAGGGAUGUGGCUGUGGAUUUCACCCAGGAUGAGUGGAGGCUGCUGAGCCCUGCUCAAAGGACUCUGUACAGAGAGGUGAUGCUGGAGAACUACAGCAACCUGGUCUCACUGGGAAUUUCAUUUUCUAAACCAGAACUCAUCACCCAGCUGGAGCAAGGGAAAGAGACCUGGAGAGAGGAGAAAAACUGUUCAGCGGCUACCUGUCCAGCAGAUCCAGAGCCAGAACUCUACCUCGGUCCUUUCUGCCCUCCUGGUUUCUCCAGUCAGAAAUUCCCCAUGCAGCAUGUGCUGUGUAAUCAUCCCCCCUGGAUCUUCACAUGCUUGUGUGCAGAAGGUGACGUCCAGCCUGGGGAUCCGGGCCCAGGGGAUGAACAGAAGCAGCAACAAGCCUCUGAGGGGAGACCCUGGAAUGAUCAAGCAGAAGGUCCCAGGGGAGAAGGCGCCAGGCCUUUGUUUGGAAGAACAAAGAAAAGGACUCUGGGAGCGUUGUCCAGGCCACCCCAGAGGCAGCCAGUCACCUCUCGGAACAGCCUCAGAGGGGUGGAGUUAGAAGCCAGCCCAGCUCCGACGGGGAACCCUGAGGAAACAGACAAAUUGCUGAAGAGGAUAGAAGUCUUAGGAUUUGGAACAGUCAACUGUGGAGAGUGUGGACUGAGCUUCAGCAAGAUGACAAACCUGCUCAGUCACCAGCGGAUACACUCAGGGGAGAAGCCCUACGUGUGCGGGGUAUGUGAGAAGGGCUUCAGCCUAAAGAAGAGCCUGGCCAGACACCAGAAGGCGCACUCGGGGGAGAAGCCGAUAGUGUGCAGCGAAUGUGGACGAGGCUUUAACAGGAAGUCAACGCUAAUCAUACACGAGCGGACACACUCCGGCGAGAAACCUUACAUGUGCAGUGAGUGUGGGCGAGGCUUCAGCCAGAAGUCAAACCUUAUCAUACACCAGAGGACACACUCCGGGGAAAAGCCUUACGUGUGCCGGGAGUGCGGCAAAGGUUUCAGCCAGAAGUCGGCUGUCGUGAGACACCAGAGGACACACUUGGAGGAGAAGACCAUCGUGUGCAGUGACUGCGGUCUGGGCUUCAGCGACAGGUCAAACCUCAUCUCCCACCAGAGGACGCACUCUGGGGAGAAGCCCUACGCCUGCAAGGAGUGUGGGCGAUGCUUCAGGCAGAGGACCACCCUUGUCAAUCACCAGAGGACACACUCAAAGGAGAAGCCCUACGUGUGCGGGGUGUGUGGGCACAGCUUCAGCCAGAAUUCAACCCUCAUCUCUCACAGGCGGACGCACACCGGGGAGAAGCCAUAUGUGUGUGGGGUGUGCGGGCGAGGCUUUAUUCUCAAGUCACACCUCAACAGACACCAGAACAUACACUCAGGGGAGAAGCCCAUUGUGUGCAAGGACUGUGGCCGGGGCUUCAGCCAGCAAUCCAACCUCAUCAGACACCAGAGGACGCUCGGGGAGAAGCCCAUGGUGUGUGGGGAGUGUGGGCGAGGCUUCAGCCAGAAGUCAAACCUUGUUGCACACCAGAGGACGCACUCAGGGGAGAGGCCGUAUGUGUGCCGGGAGUGCGGGCGAGGCUUUAGCCACCAGGCCGGUCUCAUCAGGCACAAGCGGAAGCACUCGAGGGAGAAGCCCUACAUGUGCAGGCAGUGUGGACUGGGCUUUGGCAAUAAGUCAGCUCUAAUCACACACAAGCGGGCUCACUUGGAAGAGAAGCCUUGUGUGUGCAGAGAGUGUGGCCAAGGCUUUCUCCAAAAGUCACACCUCACCUUACAUCAAAUGGCACACAAGGGGGAGAAGCCGUAUGUGUGCAAGACGUGUGGGCAGGCCUUCAGCUUCAAGUCUCACCUCAGCAGACACAGGAAGACCAAGUCUGUCCACCACAGACGGCCACUGCAUCCUGACCCUGAGCCGUGUGCGGGGCAACCUUCCGAUUCCUUAUACUCUCUCUGAAGCAAAGAUGGGGACAAGGACUAACAGUCAGAAUGUUGACACUUUGAUGAAAUAGAGAAAUGCAUUCUGUAAGUGGUCAAAGGACAUUUAACUGUUUACUUUCCCCACACUAAGUCUUCUCCAUGUUUUGUGGCCUUCGGUUGUAAUAAACGUGGCUUCUUUAUACAUCUGU